AUGAACUCGGCUCCGGAAAUCAAGGGUUCGCUCAGCCGGGCAGAGACUGGAGACAUCAACCCCAAAUUCUCCCGGUUGGAGGCGUCCCUCGUCCAAGCACAGGUGCAGCAGCGACCAAUGUCAAUCAAGCAGGACGAUGUCCAAAGACAUGCAGAAACAGGGGAUCUGGCAGUCAAUGAGCUAGACUUCAACUUCAACUUGGAUACAGACCAUUACCCACUCGACGAUCUUAAAUCGCUUCAGCAAGUCUUUGAUGCCGUCCAGUGCCAUAUGCAUUUAGAGAAUGAGAAGAAUUUCGCGAGCGAGACGUGCGUGGAGUGUUUUGACUGCGGCCCAAGUGGAGGAGAGUGGAGGAAUCUAAACGAAGAACUAAUGGCAAGUCUAUUGAAGUCUUGCUCAUUGCAAUGUUCCGCGGAUCCCACCGCUGCUCAACCCGCUGGGCGGCGAAUGCUGGUCUUUUUUAUACCUCUGGUUCCUACUGGAGGUACCUCCUAUGGCGCACAAAGCUUGAUGACCCAAAGCAACGCUAAGCAGCUUCUCAGAUCAUUACAAGUGAACCCUUUAUUCCUAUUGAAUAUGAUCGGCCGGCCUGAUUACUGGGCCCCUCGGACUCAUUGGGAGGAGGAUGAUAGAGGGCAUCUUGUAUCUUGUGAUUUCUUUUGCCAACAUCCUCGCUGGAAUCUUCAGUCCCAAGGAUCGCCACUGUCAGUGUACAUGAGACAUGAUGUAGUGAGAGAUCUGACAACCUACGUGAUCUCCCACAAAGAGUUCGACACGUCGAUCAACACCCUUAAGUCUCUAUUGAGGAUAGCACUUCGCACUGCCCCUCCAGCCCGAAAGUCUGCUUUGUUUCUCGACGACCCUUUCGAUAUCCACGUCAUCCUAUCAACACUCUCAUUUGAAGCCUCCAAAUUCCACGUCAAGAGAUUCCAACGCUUCAUGUGGCAGUCGAUCAACAAAGUCGACGACCACCUGGGCGGUCUCGAGACGAGCGAUCGAGCUAAAUUGGGGAAUCUCACGAAGCAACUCCAGAUAAUCUCACAAAAUGCCGACUCCCAUCUUGCCAAUGCCGAUGUAUCAAUCAUCACCGCAAAGGGAAUCCGCGAUGCGCAUGCCCGGCUGGUACAGUCCAUGCGCCGGAUCAGUCCCUUCAUACACAGGCGUGCGGAAGAUUCGAUCAACUACGUGAUCUCUUCUGUCGAGAAGCAAAAGAUCUGGUUCCUCAACUACAAGCAACGCAAAGACAGCACCAUGUCUCUCGUCUUUAACCUCGUCACACAGGAUGAUGCGGCGAAUAAUAUCCAGAUAUCCCACGACAUGAAGCAGGACUCUACGUCCAUGAACGCCAUUGCGGCAUUGACUAUGGUGUUUUUGCCAGGGACGUUCAUUGCGACGGUUGUGGAUGCAGGAAUAUUCGGUGCCAAGGCUCGGAGCGAGGCCUGGGUCGUUUGGGUCGCUGUCACCGUACCGUUGACCCUGGUGGUUAUGCUGUGCUGGUGGCUCUAUCAGAAAUCCAAAGCGCCGUCCAGGGCUGGGAGGACAGGGACGCAGAAUGGCGACGAAAGCUUAUUGAGCGAGAAGCGUAGUAUGAGCUGGCCAAAAUCGCCGAGGCCUAGGGGGGUUUUCGAUCGGCUCAUUCAGUGGGCUUUCACUUGGAAAGUCGCGGAGUAA